GGCUUGAAACUUGGCGAAACCCGUUAAAAUAGAAGCAAGACGGCUAACAAACAGUUCACAACGGCUUAAACCCAAACGCCUUUUGCAAUCAUGAGUAACAGCGUUAGCGAUGGCGAUGUGCUGCUUGUCACAGGUGGCAGCGGUUUUCUGGGUCAACAUAUUAUCAAGCUGCUGCUGGAGCAGCGUAAAGAGCUGAAUAUUAAGGAGAUACGCUCUGUGGAUAUUGUACCUUAUGAGAAUAAGAUUGGUCAUGUAGAGUCGCCGAUGCUGCGCAGCUUUGUGGCGGAUAUCAGCGGUGAUCGUGAGGCUUUGGCCAAGAUAUUUACGGGUGUGGACAGUGUUUUCCAUUGCGCUGCUUCUGUUAAAAUUGAGUAUCCCCCAAAUUAUAAAGAGCUAGAGCGUGUGAAUAUAAAUGGUACCUUAGCUGUAGUGGAUCUCUGCAUCGAAAACAAUGUGAAGCGUUUGGUUUACAGCAGCUGCACUUCGGUUUGCUUUGUUCCCUUCAAGGGCCGUAGUACCUUUUCAGCGAUUAUCAACAGCACAGAAUCCAAGACAGACACACCCAGGCUAGAUAGCUCCAAGCUUUGGGAGCAGGACAAUGAAUUUCUUAUUGCAGGCUAUGCCUCGAGUAAACUCCGCGCAGAGAACAUUGUGCUUAGCUCCAAUGGCGCACCCUUACACAAUCAUUUAGACUAUUUAGCCACCAGCGCCAUACGUGCGCCAUUGACUUACGGCGAAUGCGACUCGCACUUUAUUACUAAUGCUUUUGACUAUCUUUCGACGCGUAACUGGAUUUUUCCUAGAAUUGCAGGCGUAGGCGGCAAGCAGCAGCUGGUUUAUGCGGGCAAUGUGGCCUGGGGUCACAUAUGCGCCUACAAAGCGCUUAAGGUGUCCAGCAAGGCGGUCAACGGAUUGCCUGUCUUUGUAACAGAUGACACAGGCAUCAACGAUGUCUCACGCUUUGUGCAGAAGAUGGCACUCAUGGGAGAGCGUUUCAAGGUGAAGACCAGCUGGUGGUAUCUGCCACACUUUUUUUUCUUCUUUCUGGCUUUUCUGCUGGAGUUCUUUGUGCGUCUGCUCUAUCCUUACACCAAUUAUCGUCUACGCUUUUCACUACGCGCAAUUGCCUCCUUCACCUCAUCCAUGCUGAUGUACAAUCGCCUAAGAGCUUCCAUACACAUGGACUAUAUGCCACUCUACGAUCCGGACGUGAGUGCGGAGCGCAGCGCGAGAUGGUACGCCAAAUGGUGGGACGAAAAGCAGCAGAGCAGGAACAUCAAAGCCAAGAAAUCUAGUUAAGCUUUGUAUAUUAUUACGCUAUCUUUCAUUUGUUAUUGUUUAUAUAAUUAAAAGUUGGUUCG